CGUCCGCCAGGGGGCGCGCGAGCCCCGUGCAGCGUCGCCGUUGCCAGGAGACGGAGCGCGGCGGAUGAUGGCGGCGGGAUACGGAGCGGGGCAGUACGAGGACGCGUUCAGCGCCCAUCGCCUGCAGAACUGGAGCGUGCCCCUGCCGGGCCCGAAGCCCCCCAAGCAUUCAGAGGGCUCCACACCCAUCAUCGCCAACGACCGGGGGCAUCUGCUCCCCUCCAUACCCCGUUCGCAGGCCUCCCCAUGGGGCUCAUUCGUGGGGACGUGGGAGAUGCCCUUGAAUCCCCCUGCGCGCCUGGACCUGACCGCGCGUUCGGCCGCGGCCGCGGAGCGGCUCCUCCAGCGCCUCCAUCAGCGCACGGCGCUGAGCAGCGCCCGCAACGGGCUCCGCACCCGCAUCACCGGCACGAGGAAACCACUGGGGAAUGCGGCCCGCGCUGAUGCCGAAGGGAUCCCGCAGCGCCCAGCGCCCCCUUCCCACCCCGAGCUUCAAUCCCGAGCGGAGGGAACGGCGCUGACACCUCCCUGCGCCCGCAAGAGUGAGGAAGAGGAAGGGGUGGAAGGAGCCGGUGCCGUGGGUUAG